AUGGCUUCUUCAUUCAAGGAAUGUUUUCUACUUUUUUUUAUAAUAUCAUGGCAAGUAACUAAUUUAAUAUCGGCGUGUCCCAAAAUAUGUGACUGUAAAAACAAUUCAAUGUCAUGUCAAAUGUGUUCCUACAAUAUAUCUUUUAAAGAGAGUGUAAAUAAAUAUCACGUGGAAGUUUGCUGUCAAAAUGAUUCGACGCUAUAUAAUUGGAUACAAAACAAAACUAGUAGAACUUUCACAGAAGUUGUGAUACAAUAUAAAAGUACGUGCAACACAAGCAGGAUUGACUUCAACUUUCCUCAUCUAGAUACGUUUUCAAUUACAAUGACAAAUAAUAGUAUUAGCAAGUUACGAAUAAAUAUAAAAUUUAAUAAUGUAGAAGUAAUUGAUUUAUCAUCUAAUAAACUGCAAUCUGUAACCAAAGAACUAUUUAAUAAUUUUACAAACUUACGUAAACUAAUUUUAAGAAGAAAUAAAAUUAAUAAAAUCUAUGAGAACAGUUUUGUCGGACUUUCAAAAUUAGAAACUCUGGAUUUGUCUGAAAAUAAUCUAACAAUUUUAACGAAUGUUUUUACACCACUCAAAAAUCUUCAACAUCUCAAUUUAAGCAGAAACAAUAUACAGUUUAUUCACGCUAACUAUUUUAACAAUUGGCUACUUCAACACUUGGAUAUAUCACAUAACAACCUGAGAAAGGUAACUGCGGGGGCUUUACAGCAGUUACCAAAUCUUGCAAGGUUGCUCCUCACAGAUAACCCGCAUUUAGGAAUUACACAGUUGGAUACACAAUUGUUAGUUGGUACCGGCCGCAGACUCCAACAAAUCGAUGCAUCGAGAACCGGCCUUUGCCAAGUUCCUGAAGCGUUCACACAUUCCGUGCGCUUUCUGUCACUUGUUGGAAAUAAAAUAAUAUCAAUCAGGUGCGGGGAUCUCGAUAGUUAUCCCUUAUUACAAUCUCUCGAUUUUUCUGAUAAUAAGAUUUUAUCAAUAGAGGACGAUUCGCUUGGAAGAUUAGAAAUGCUACUGUUUUUAAAUUUAAAUAAGAAUCUUCUUGCGGAAAUACCUAGGUCACUGCCAGAUGGAUUGAAAUAUCUAUCGAUAAAUGAAAACUUAAUUAAAAAUAUAACGAAACCUGAUUUCAAGGAUUUACCUAAUUUACGUAUUUUGCUAUUAAAAUGUAAUCAAAUACAAUAUAUUCAAGAUGGAGUAUUUGAAGAUUUGUUGUCACUCGAAAUGUUAGAUCUAUCAAAUAAUCCAAUUAAAUUGUUAUCAUCGAGUACUUUCGAUGGACCUUUAUCCCUUCGGGACCUCAGGCUUUGUCAUUUAAAUAUAUCUGUACCUGAACAAGAUGGUUCGUUUCCUCUAUCGUCGCCUGAGAGCGUACAGAUGCUCCACCUUCAAUCUAGCCCUGGCUUAGCGAGACAAUUGUUAUCUGACUCAGCGGCUUUAGCAGCUUUUUCGCAUUUACAGUAUUUGGAUCUAAGAAUGAAUAAUCUUUCACAAAUUCGUAAUGAUUUGUUAUUUUAUUUAAGUCAACUAAAAACUUUACGAUUGCACGGUAACAAGAUAAAUUGUAGUAAUGAGUUAUGGCUAUCUGACUGGAUGAACUCGAACAAAACUGGUACUUUUGGUGAAACAUGCUACUAUUCAACUUUAGAAGCGAAACCCGAAAUAUCUAAAUACAACUGUACAUUCCCAGAAACUUUUACUAUAAGUGAGAGCUUGCCUCCAGUAAAUUUGUAUAGUACUGAAAUGAUUAACAAGCUGUUACGUUAUUAUGGCUAUUUGAAUAACAAAAGUGAGCGAGUUAAGCAUAAUCUAAAUAAUUCUCUUACUAAACAUAACGAUGAUUUAACUGUUAACAAUGAAACGGUAAAAAAUAAAUUAAAUGGAUCGACAACAAAAAUAGAAGAUUUAAGACUAUCGAGGAAUGAAAAUAAGAUUUUGUUAAACGAUUAUUUUAAUGAAACAACUUACGUCAAGAUACGGGAGUCAUCGAAAAUUUUGGAUCAAAAUAAAAUUCAAAAUGAUCAACUCAACGUUGAUCAUAGAUUUCUCGAUAUCGAACCAUAUUUACCAUUAUCGACUAAACAACCUAAAAAAGUUCGCAAUGAUCAAAAUGAUAUUCGAGGAAAACAUUCUGGGAAGAGAUUAAAUACACCACUUUCUACAACAGGAUCAAUAGAAUUUACAGAACAUCAUGAUUAUCGAGAACCAAUUACUACUGAAGCUAACACAAUAAAUCCAAAUAUAAGAUUAGAAUAUUCGUCUUAUCAAGAUACACAUACCAGCUACGCUCAGUACAUAGGUAUGAUUGCAGUGAUAUGUUUGAUACUAAUUUCUUUAAUACUCUGGGUUAGUUUUCGUCUGAGAUAUCAAAGAAGGCAACUAAGAGCUUGGAAUGCUGAUUUGGAGGACCAAAUAGAAGUGUCGAAUAUAUCUGGAGGUGUGUUGUGGUGA